UACGUUUUCUACGUGACAGGCCCAGGGGGAGGAGCUACAUUCAACAUCAACAAAAGGAAAGAGAAGCAGAGAAAACAGACGAGAGAUUCUCGGAUAUACAAACACAAUAUGUCCUUUUGACAUCCCUGGUGUUUUGACGACUUGAAACACAAAGUGAAAAUAUGGAGGCAUUCAGACUGAUGAAGGAACUGAAGAGCAAUAUGGACCAAGAGGUUCAGUAUCUGCCAAAGGAAACCGGGCUCAGUUUGAUUGAAUCCACACAAGAGAACGGUAAUGGGGUUUCAGCCAAAUGUCGAGAUUCCCGAGUGGAAGAUCUCUGGAGCUUGACCAGUUUCUUCGGUUACAGCACUCAGACCUUUGUACUAGCCGUUAACCUGCUGGACAGGUUUAUAGCUAUGAUGAAGGUUCAGCCCAAGUAUCUGGCCUGCAUCAGCAUCGGUUGCCUUCACAUCGCCGCCCGAGUGACCGAAGAAGAGUGCAAUGUUUCGUCCAGCCAUGAGCUCAUUCGGAUCAGCCAGUGCAAGUUCACCGUCUCAGACCUCAGCCGAAUGGAGAAGAUCAUUUCAGAGAAGCUCAACUUCCAGUUAAAAGCCGUCACAGCCUUAACCUUCCUGCAUUUGUACCACGCCAUUGCACUUUCGCACACGUCCAACAGAAAAGACGUACUGAAUCUUGACAAACUUGAAGCCCAGCUGAAAGCCUGCCUAUGCAGAAUCAUUUUCUCCAAAGCAAAACCUUCGGUGCUCGCUUUGUCGCUCUUGAUGCUUGAAAUCGAGGCCUUACAGUCUGCAGACCUGCUAGAAAUCGCCCAGCGCAUACAAACACACUUAAAGAUCUCCAAGGCUGACCUGGCGCGCUGGCGAGGUCUGGUAGGUCAAUGUAUGAGGGAAUACUCCUCUCCAGAAUGUGCCAAACCUGACCACAAGAAACUGGUGUGGAUCGUCUCGAGGAGGACGGCGCAGAACCUGCACAGCAGCUACCGCAGCGUCCCCGAGCUGCCAACCAUCCCAGAGGGUGCGUGGGACGAGAGCGAGAGUGAGGAUUCAAGCGAAGACCUGAGCUCCGGGGAAGAAAGUCUGAGCAGUUCGCUGGGCAGCGACGCCGAGGGACCCUACUUCCCCCAAAACUUCCGCUGCCGUGCCCACAGACAGUAAACCACUUGCCAAGGAGCACAACCACCAAUGAAGAUGUGACUUCCUCGUCAUCUUCCAAGAUGAUGUCUCAGACCUCUCCUGGCUGGAAACCUAAAGUUGCACAGCGAGGUGCCAUUGUGCCUGGGUUCAACGAAACCCAAAAUAUCAGAAUUGUAUUUUAAAACUCUUCUUUUAUGGCUUUACAGAAAGCCAGUCCAAAUACUGUAAACAUCUCUCUUGAUUACUCGUGUUAAGCUAAAGGAGAAAUACUUCAGCACUGCAAAACACUGGCAGCUAAAAAC